UCGCUAGAAUUUGAGACACAACCGUGCUGAGUACGUCUGUAGACCUCCCACUUAAAACGGUGGGGAGGGGGAGGGGGAGAGGGAGAGGGUGAUUCCCAAAUAAACCAACACGCAGCUUCACUCUCAUUGCUUUGAGGAGGUGAUAAAGUAUCCUCGCAUUUUUUUUUUAAUCGAAAAGGGAUGGACCAUAACAACGGAGGAAAAGAAAAAUGGGGUCGAUAACAUUCUAACCUGAGGGUUUUGACUACUGGUGGAGACAGGUGAUAUAAAAACACGGUACCAUGUGAAUGGUUGAGGAACAUGAAGGCUGCACACAAACUACUGUUCGUCCUGUGUCCCAUGCUGGUCUUGGGGUUCAUCUACUACUCUUCUGGGAAGCUCCAUUUGUACGUAUGGGGCCAGAAGCCACAUAAAGAUGUGGAGCCCACAGUAAAAGUCAGUAAAGUCACUAGUGUUUCUGUCAAAUCCACUGUGACCAAAGAGCCGGUGGUGGAGGGCCCUGUCUCCGUGGGACGAAUAGUAGGCUCAGGUACAGCCUCGCUGCAAAGAGUGCACUCUGGUCAACAUGAGAACCCCAGCAGGCCUGUGUUUGAUAUGCAAGGGUUCUUGCUGAAUCUGGACACAAAGCUGCCACCGGAGUUGGUGUACAAGUACGGAAACCUCAGUGAAGGAGCCUGUAAACCUGGUUAUGCAGCUGCCAAAAUGAGUGCUAUCUAUCCAAAGUUUACUAAGCCAGCUUCCAUGUUUCUGGACCGGAACUUUAAGCGGCUUUCAAAAGUUACAAACUAUUUACCUCCAUUUGGAUUCAAAACACAAGAAAGAAUCAUAGAUGUUAUAUUAACUGCCACAAAGAAUUAUGGACUGGGUCCAGAUUUAGAUAGUUUGAGUUGUAAAAGAUGUAUAAUAGUAGGCAAUGGUGGUAUCCUUAGCAACAAGUCUUUAGGAUCCUGCAUCGAUGAAUAUGACGUUGUGAUAAGACUCAACGAGGCCCCAGUGAGUGGUUACACCAGAGAUGUAGGUACUAAGACCACCCUGAGGAUAACCUACCCAGAAGGGUCCAUCCAGAAGCCCGAGCGCUAUGAGAAAGAUUCCCUCUUUGUCUUCUCUGCUUUCAAACCUCUUGACUUUAAAUGGCUGAGACAGAUGGUCUUCAAAGAGAAACUGCAAGGAACAGAGGGCUUCUGGAAGUCUGUAGCGUACUCUGUGCCCCGGCAACCCUCGGAGAUUCGGAUCCUCAACCCCUACUUUAUACAAGAGGCUGCCUUCCAGUUUAUUGGCCUUCCACAGAACAAUGGCCUCAUGGGUAAAGGGACCCAGGAAAUUGGACUUGAGAAAGUAGAUAAAUGCCACUAGCAUCAUAGCUUGUUGAAGCUCUCAGCCAUCCCAUCAUGGCAUGAGUACAGACAAGAGUCUGUGUGUGAUCUUGGCCACCUCCUGAAAACUCAGACCUCCUCUAAAUGAUGGAACAUGUGCAGUGCACGUGGAGCAGCGCCCAGGCCCCUAAGGUUUGUGUAGGUAGGGGGGCAGCGCAGGAGGGAAGCUGUCCCAUACGGUACUGAUCAAGGUGGAAUACAUUUUGACAGCCUCCUCCUUUGAGCACGCCAGACACCCACCUGCUUAAGGCUGCAUACACUGACACAAUCUUAAUGCUAAUUGUGUGUGUGUGUGUGUGUGUGUGUGUGUGAAUCAGACACCAGGCCACUGCAAGCUAAUGAUUUAGAAUGGUUGACUCCUCCAGGGAGAUGAGGAAGUGAAGGUCUGCCUCCUGAAAUUGGUAUGUCAGGGGUGGGGGUCUGUUUAAGCAAAUUGUUAAUCACACGCAGCUCAAGAUGAGUUAACAACUGCUGAGCAGAACCAAGCCAGAACUCCUUCAGGCACAAUGCCAUCUCGACCUCGAGGAAGAGCUGGACCAGAGCAAAGCACAGACAGUGAUGUUAAAUAGAUUCAGAUAUAGCACAGCAAGCAUAGUUAUUCAUGCUUCAUUUGUGGUUGUAUGUGU